AUGACGGAGACCCUGCAGGAAGAUGCGGAGUUAGCAACAGCUUACUCAGCAUACCAGCAAGCCAGACAUCGAUUGACAGAGCGAUACAAGAACCGUGGAUUUUGGCCAGCCAGGCCAUUUGCUGGAAAUGCCCCCAAAGGCAAGGGCUAUGGAGGUUUCAAGGCAUCUGGAAAGGGCAAAUCCUUUAAUCAGCCUCCUCCAACCACCACCGUGAUCACAGAGGAGAUUGAUCCGUUGCCCUUGGAGUUCCGACAGCUGCCGAUGUCAUCCGAGAUCAUGCCAUUGGAGGUAAUAGACUGCGAGCACCGAAAGUUCUGCAGUGCCAAGUUAGAUCAGCCGAUCGCCAUGCACUUGACCAGUCGCGGCCUGUUCUUGGUUGAUUUGAAUGAGAUUGCACUGUCAGCCCGACGUCAUGCCUUGCACAGCAGUGACUUAGCGAAGCCUGCCUUGCAACAGAGUGCUCCCUCCGAAGUGGAGGACCUGAGUCAUCUGACUCUCCCGGAACUCGAGAACGAGGUGAUCACCUUCGGGAGCAAGUACAACGGCAUGACCCACAGCCAGGCUUGGCCGGAUCAGGAAUGGUGCCAGUUCAUGCUGAACCGGUAUGGGAACAGCACCAAGACGGCUCAUCGCCGUGCCAUCAGGUUCAUCGAGCUCAAGAUCGAGCAGCACGAACAAUCACAGAUGCCCAUUCCAAAGAUGCAAAGCCAAGUGUCCCGUCCAGUGGGGCUGAACCUUGCCUCCAAGGCCAAGGCAAAACCACAGGCCAAGGCCAAGGGGUGCGCAUCUCACCAAGGAGUCCAUGCCAGUCUGAACAUGCCCAGUUGUUCGCCCGGCCAGAUGGGAGAGGACGACGACGUCUGGGAUUGGCAUUCCGAGAUGUAUGCAUCGGAGACCAUGAUGCCGAAUCCCUUGCAACAAGAUCCCGACUUCAUCGCCAUGAGAGAUCGAAUGCUGUUCAUGGAGAAUGCUCUUCAGCGAGUGAUCCAGCACAUCGAGCAGAACACCAACACAGCCGAGCCAGUGACCAGCCCAGAGGAAUUUCCGUAG